AGGGAAAUAUUUGUGAAAUUGUGAAUUACACAAAAUUAAUCGGUUUUACUGAAUUACAUUUUGUAUUAUUCAAGCGGUUUUCCGAUCCAGUAAAUAAUUAAAAUAUUACUGUACCAUUACAGUUAGUAAAAUUAUAAACUGCUUUCUACGCAAGCACUUACGCUCAGAAAUUGUUUUAUUCUGUACAACGCUAGUUUCGUAAAUCUUCUUAAAAUGAAAUUAACGUGGCAAUGCAUGUUCUCGCCGAGACUGUACAAGAUUUACAAGGAUGGUGCCAGAGAUACCCUCUACCAACCAGAAGGAAUGGAGAAAUGGGGAGACAAAAUCAUCUCAACAGCUAGCACCAUCCUCAGCAUCAGUCUAUACACGUCACCAUUCAUCUGCUUCUAUGUCUAUAAACGUGGUUUCUUUUCCUUUGAUGAGACUCGCGUACUAGUCCGGUACAUCGGAGGCUUAAGCUGUCUCAUAGCCUUAUCUUACAUCCUGCGGGGCUUCGGACGGGCUAGUAACCCUAAAUAUGUUGAGUUCUUAAAAGCACUCAAUUCCCCGCUGACCGAUCAAAAGGCUUACCUGCAAGGUAUUAGGAAAUACGACUUUGAAUUCCAAUACUGGCCCGCAACUUACAUGUUGUCGAAGCAGAAAAACAGUUCGGCAUGGCUCGCCCGGCACCCGUUUGCAUCCUGCGCGAACCCUGAUCUGCCGGCGUACCAGCGGACCACCAUACAGGUCCUGGCCUAUGUGGCCACGCACACUUUCGCGUUGAGACUGAUAUAUCCCGGCUCGCUGGGGCUCAUACAGAAUCUGCUGCGCACAGCAUUAUUCCAAGGCCGCACUCAGCUGGUCGAAAGUUUCAACGGCCAACGCGCCAAGCUGCGCUCAGCCGACGGAAACGACCUAGACACCAUGUUCGUGGACAACCGAGAAGAAUCCCCUAAAGGGAAGAUCCUGGUGGUGUGCUGCGAGGGCAACUCCGGGUUCUAUGAGAUAGGGAUUAUGACGACGCCCGUCAAGGCUGGCUUCUCGGCGCUUGGGUGGAACCAUCCAGGAUUUGGGGGCAGUACUGGCCUCCCGUACCCGCCGCAAGAGCAUAACGCCAUGGACGCCGUGAUGCGAUACGCCAUCAAUGAGCUAGGCUUCGAGCCGAAGCAGAUAGUACUGUAUGGGUGGUCUAUAGGCGGCUACGCGGCCACUUGGGCCGCUGUCAACUACCCUGAGGUCAAAGCCCUGGUCCUCGAUGCAACUUUUGACGACCUGCUCCCGCUCGCCGAGAACCAGAUGCCUUCAUCCUGGUCGCUCCUCGUGAAGGAGGUGGUCAGGUCGCACGUCGACCUUAAUAUAGGGGAGUUGUUGGCUCAAUACAAGGGCCCGGUGCAGCUGGUGCGCCGCACUGAAGACGAGAUCAUUUGCUUGCGGCCCGGCCAGCUCUCAUCCAACCGCGGCAACCACCUCCUGCUGAAACUGAUCGAGUCGCGCCACGAGAUGUCGGACGAGGCGCUCGAGGCCGUGCGCAAGUACGCGGCGCUGCUGGAGAGCCAGCGAGCCGCCCUGCAGCGGCAGGAUGUGGAUGAGAAUGUCAAGGGGCCUUUGAAUCUGAUCUCAAAAUACAUGCGCGACUACCGCUCAAGCCACUGCACGCCGCUGCCCGAGGAGCACUUCGAGGCCAUUAUGGAGAGUCUCGCUGCCCGUCAGUAGCGGUGCGUUGUUGUGGUCAUCCGUAGCGGCUUGCUAGUUAAAAUGUACCCGGCGCCUUUGGGUAAAUGUUUCACAGAUGACGUGUUCAAAAUACACGUGUCUACCGCUCAAGCCUCUGCACUGCACCUACCUUUGAAUUCCUUGUGGAAGGACUUCGGGCCUGCCAGUAGCGGUGCGUGUUUGUGAUUCCGUAGCGGCCUGCUAGUUCAUAAGUAACGGUUAAUUAAAUCCAAGAUGGCGGCCUUGGGGAAUUUUUUGACAAACCACAGGUGACAUAAUGAGAUGGGUAGAGAAUGCCUCAUGGCAUUAAGUUUUUCUUUUGUGGAAUAAAGUUUAAAUAAAAAUAACAAAAGCUAGAGUCCGUCUAAGCUAACUUUGACAGGGGCCGUGCGCGUUGGAGGGUCUGCCAUCUUGUGGGCUACAUUGGAACCAUAAACUUGCCUUUUACACUUCGCGCUAAUAAACAAGGGGCUCCUGCCGCCACAGUUCAUGCACGUUCCCUAUAAGCGUUUCGACGUAUUUGUGAUGAUACUUCUACACUGUCCGACUAUAAUGUGUUCACAAAUAUUUCGUGUAGAAAAAGGGCAAAUUUGCGCUAGCUUUCGCUUUGGAAGUGACCAGGUUUCUUGACGAACACUGACUACUUGGCAAACGUUUAACGCCCUCUGUUGUGACCAGCGUGCAGUUUUUACCCAAGAGAUGACCACUCGGCUGUCGUUAUCUGCCUCUACCGCUCGAAGAUGCGAGAGCGAGAGAGAGGAAUAUAACAUUUUUAGAUGUUCACGAUGGACCCUCUGCAUCCACGCUCGCCUACUACUGAGACGUACUAUUGAGAAAACUCUAAAAAUGUCUAACUAAACAUAAAUAAUGUGGUCAAAUAUGCAGGGUAAUUUGAUGGAAACUAAUAAAAAUAAAUAAAAUAAAGCAUGUGAAAUUUUUCUCUAGAAUUCCGUUUUCGGGAUUUCUAAACUUAUGUUAUAAAAUUACCCUGUGUACAUUUACAGAUGAGUUGCGCUGUUGUCAUUUUGGACGAGUGUGUCAAUCAUUUAUAAUUUAUUUAUUUAUAGCUUUUAACAUUAUCAUAUGGCGCUAUUGGUUUUAGUUAGUAACAAAGCAAUUUAUUUGAUAUUUUAUAAAUACAAGGGCCACUGUAACUCACUAGUUAGAAACGAUUAUGUAGUCCAAUAUUUACACCAAUAGAAAAACUGUGUUGAAAUUUGACAUACUUGAAAUAUUAAAAAUUUAGGUGAGUUAGAGUCAGACCAAGCUAAGUUGGCAGUGAUUUUGAUAGCCCAGACUGUGCAAGUGUUAAGUGAACUUCAUAAUUUUAUAGAUGUUUGACGUUUAUAAUAACACUUGCACUGUCUGUGCUAACAAAAUCGCUGCCAACUUAACUUGGUCUGACUCUAACUAAGGCAAGUUUAACAUCGCAAAUGAAAAGGAAUUUUACGGGCACAUCCGUCUAAGGUUACCAAGGGAUAUUAAGGGGCUUACUGAUUAACAGUCCGCCGGACGGUAUCAGCCUGUCAGUUGUUCGGAACUGUCAACAUUUUGUUUUAACUGACAGGCCGAUAGCGUCCGGCGGACUGUUAAUCAGUUUUACCUAUAGAAGGUAGAGGCAAUUAACAGAAUCUCCAUACUUAUACCAAAAAAUGUCCGACAAAAAACCAUGAAUAGGUAGUACAAUACUUAAAAUACUUGAGAAAAAAAAACUAAUCAUAGACAGCGCACUUCACUUCGUCAAUAACGCCUAAGUUCUUAGCUACUCUAGCGCUACUCUGGAGAGAUUUGGAACUAUUAUUUAUAGAUGACAGCUGGACACUUGCAACAGUUCUGCCUAAGGAGAUUCUGUUCCUUGCCUCUACCUUCCAUAGUUUUACCCUUUACGGUGUAUUUGGGUAGUCUAUCUAUUUGAUGCUGACUGUACGAGGUACAAUAAUACUUUACAAGUACUUAAAUAUGCCUUUUCUUUUGCGAUGUAUUCAUUGACUUGAUGAAAUUUGUAAAGUAAUCGAAUUCAUGUAAGAUUUUGGUGUUUUUAUGCAUUUAUUUGGUGUUAAGGUUAUAUUGCUUUUAUUUAUCAUUCCGAUCUAUAUGUGCAUAGUUUUACCGUUCUCUUACUCGUCCGGUUAGGAAGAGAUUAUUUGUUGUAAAAAAUCUUGAUAAAACAUUUGACCCAUUGAAUUGAAUACCAUCCAUCCAUUUCUGACCCUGAUGUAUGUAUGUAUGUGCAUUCGCCAUUUUUAAUUCGGCAUUUUCUGUUUCUACCUCUCAAAACACGAAGUUACGUCAAAUGUCAUAUAUAAGUAGUUAGAUAUUAGGUAUUUAAAUAAUAUUAUAUAUUUAUGACACAUUUUUUCUAUGUAAUUUGACUUUUUCACUGCUGACCUUAAUAUAUUUGUGUAAAUUUGAUACAAUAAGUAUGCAAAGAGCCAAAUCCGUCCACGGGGAAUUCCGUACACGGGCGCGUUUCUCACACUACACUUCCGUACACUAUUAUCAACUUUAUCGACCAUUGCUUUUAAUUUCAGAAGUCAAAAGCAUUUGGUGCCCUGUAUUUACUACUUUGUUAAAUGCCUAUGUAUGUAGUGUAUGGACUCUCAAUAAACACAAUGUGUAAACAGGCCCCAAUGUGAAAGCCAGCCACACUUAUCCAUAUGCCGCACUUAUCCAUAUUGACCUUACGGAAUUUUCCAGAAACGGAUUUAGCCUUGACCUUAUCAAUAUUAUAUUGUGGUGUGAGAGAGAACCGUGCGGACCACCCGGCAGUGUACAAUAUUUUCGUGAACUUGUUACCAAUAGUACCUAUGCUAAUACAAUAUGCACUCAUUGUUAUUGAUGUAGAAAUUGUUAAAAUGAUCCGAAUAAAAUGUAUUGGUGAUUUAUUUAUUUGUGGUUUACUAAGAUUAAAGAUAAUUUAAUGAAAGUCAGUAAAA